GUGUAAAAUGAUUCAAGUCCACAAUCCGAAGCACUGUGAAAAUUAAUUCAAAUCGAAGCAAAUGCAUAACGAACGAAAGAUUCACAUUGCAGAACUUCUUCGUAGGGCUUCGCGACCAUCUAAGAUAAACAAUGCCUUCCCGUACCAACGUUUACCGGUGCAAUGGCAGUAAUCCUCAGCAACAAUUGCACAGGCAGGCAGAGAUCAAAGAGGAACUGCAGAAGCUGGAAUCUGUCGUCGGAACUUUGUUCGAGCUUCAAGGAUCCCAGAAGAAUGAUUCGAAAAGAUCGUUUAGUUUUCGAAAGAUCUUUCCCCGUCGGGCUCCCAAGAAAGAUGUCACCUCUGAUAGUGAAGACUUCAUGGCAAGAAUCAAAGAACUCGAGGAAUUAUGCCAAAAUUUGAGCAGCGAUGGCAAUGAGUUCUUCGAUCGAACUACGAGAGUCAAAAAACUUACACAAGAAUCAAGAGAUGAGAAAGAUUUUUUUUCAAUAGAUAGAAAUGAAGCUACAUCACGUACCAUUCAGACUUGUAGAGACAUCUUAUCGAAACUAUCAACUGAAGCCGACCUUGAGAAUAGCGAAAGCGCUGAGUCGUCUUCUGAUGAUAACGAGACAAGUAAGUGGGCAAUAAUAGAAACUAUUGAGAAUGUCUUAGCAUUUUUCACCGGACAAGAGUGCAUGAUCGACGAAAGCAUGACCUUUAAUACCACGCAAGAAAGAGCAAUCGGAGAAAGCACGACCUAUCUCACCACUCAAGAAAGCACGGAUGAGAUAUUUCAUGAUCACUUUUGUGGUUUAUUUGAGACAUGGUGUCUAGCAAAAAAUGAGGAAGGAAAUGAAUCAGAAAACAAGCCUGAAACACAAGAAGAGUCACCGGCAAAUUCAAAUACAACGGCAAAGAUUGUUGAUACUCAUGACCAAGUCACUCGGACGGAGAAAGAUCAAAUUGCUUUGUUUGAUCAAGAAUCGGAUCAGAUUGAAGGUAAGACAAUCGAUCAAACAAAAUUGGAUUCGGAAAAGGAUAAUGAGAUCUUGGCAAUCCAAUUGGAUAGCAACUUUUUCGAUGCUUUCAGUUCGUUGAUAUCAACCAACAGCAUAGUGGUAGGAGAAGGUAAAGAGAGAUUUGAUAAACAUGAAUCGGCAACAGCAAUGGCAAUCAAUGAAGCGUCAGAAACAAAAGAAUGUGAUCCAGAUCAAACGGAUGAGAGCGUGAAACAGGAUGAUGAAAUUGGAGAAGACGAGGACAAAGAUCUUGGAAAUUAUGAAAAGGGAGAUCCUAUUGCAGAAACAGCCUUCGAUUGCAGUAUUCUCGAGCACAUUUUCUCCUCUACAAAUUCAACAACUGAAGCGAACGAAAUCGUAGGAACUCCAGGCAUCGUGGCCUCGGAUGAAACAGCAUGCAAUAAUGUGACCGGUGCUAUUGAGCCAAAGAAAUUGUCCAUUAUUGAGUUACCAGAACUGCAGUCGGCUUUGUCAUUAGCCAAUAUCCCGAGGUUUGAAGUUGUUGGGUUCAAAGCAACAAGUGAGCGGGACCGAGACACCGAAAUCGAACCUGGAAACAAGAAACGUGAGGGAUUGACCCCAAAAGUCUCGAAUCGUGAGAGACGACAAAAAGCUCGAAAAGGUGACAUGGCCAAGGCAAAGCCAAGCAAAUCAUCGAAGUUAGGUAAACCUAACCAAAAAAUCAAUUCUUUUAAAAUGGCGAAGAGCAGAAAGAAUCAAGGAAAAAAUAUGUCGACAAAGAAAGUCAAACAACGAAAGAUGAUGCGGUUAUUCGUGCGAAAGCUCAACCAAGGAAUAACUCAUGACUCGUCAAAAACUAAGGAAAAGAAUGAAACAACGAAAAUUGAUAUGAAUCGAGGUGCCCCGGAAACAUCAAACGUCCAAUCUGAGAAAGAAGUUAAUUUAAGCGUAGAAGCCCAAGAGCAGACCGAAAAGGAUACUUCGAAAAACUCUAAAUCAGAAAAAGUUUCUCGAAAAAAAUCAGACGUUGUUUGCCGGCCUUCAACAGACGCAGCGGCGUGUGAUCCAUCUUCUAUUGAUAUUAGUUCUUCAUCCGUAAGAAUCUUGACGGCGAACAAGGAGAAGGACCACAAUGGUGAAGAAAACAGAGAUGAGAAUUGCGGUGACAAAGAGGAGUCCGAUGGCGAUGUCAAUUGCGACUUCGAUGCCGAUGGUGAUUUAAUCGUCGCUGAUGACGAAGACAGUGCAGAAAGACAAAAGUACGACUUGUUUAAGAGCUUUCUUGCAGCAUUACAGAGCAAGGAAAGAGAUCCUGAUGAUGAUGAGAUUGUCGAAUGCUUUUCUCCUGUACUGAGUAUGGGGGAUUCGUACGACAGCGGACUCGUCAGUGAAAAAGAUGAUGAUGAAUACAUCAACCACUAUUACGACUUCAGCGGAGACAACGAAAAUUGCAGUGAAGACGAGUUCGACGAGCAAGAAGGUUCAUAUGAUGACUUUUUUUAUGCCAACGAUGAUGAUAGCUUUGUAAACGCUCUACAAGCCAUCAGUCGAGAUGAAGCCACGAUGUCUCGCCUGAAGACGGUUCUCGAUAAGAGUCGAGCAAAGAAACCAGAUACAAAUAUCAAACUAGAGAAAGAAGAAGUGACUGAAGAAAGGAAUGAUGACACAGCAGUUACUACACCAGUGACUGGAACAAGAACCGAAGCUCCAGUGACCAAUAAGAGGGAAAAGGCUGUGUCUGCUUUUCCAAAGAGACAAAGCCGUCUUCAAAAGCAGAAUCAAGAAAAGAAUACCAUUCCAACGGACGAUGAACUUUUCACCUUGUGAAUAGAAUUUAGAUGGAAGCAGAGAUAACUUGACGAAACGUACCUUUGCUUUCUACCAAUGUAUGUUGAUUUGACAAGAACUAAGAUUGUUUUAGAUAAUUACAUGAAUUAUAAAUCUCUGGAUCGCCC